AAAAAGAAAAGAAAGAGUGAGUGGUGUCUGUGGGCAUUAAUCAAACUCAUGAAACUUAAUACAUUCCUUACAAAUAUAUGUUCCAUCAGUGGGGUUUUUCUUUUCCCUUCUCAUCAGCGGGGCUUUUCUUUACCCUUCUCAUCUUAUAUAUGAAAAUAUUUAUUCUUUCUUGUAUAAGCAAUACUGAUAGGUCCCACUCCCACUUCUGCAGUACACACUGAUUCUAUUUGGGAACCCACACCUACGCUUCCCUUCUCUCUUUUUCUCCAAAGACAGCAGUCAACCACAAAGUAAGAAAAAAAGUGAAACAGAAACCCCACCACUUCCACUUGUAGCAGAAUUUUUUUUUUUUUUUUUUUUGGCUCAAAAGUCAUUGCAAUUGCAGCAGCAACAACAACUUCAUUUUCAAGUCUCUUUCUCUUUUUCUCUCUCUUUCCUUCUUGCUUGCUUGGUUUAAUGUUUUCAGUUCACUUGUCAAUUAGACAGAUGUUUGAACCAUCAACAAGAUAUACAAAUUGUUAGACCCCUCUUACCCCUUUCACCUCACUACCCCACCCAACCCCACAUCUUCUCCUCCUCUUCCCAAGAUGGAAUUUAUGGAACCCCAUAGAAAAAAGCAAGGUGGUGCUAGUAGUAGUACUAGUAGUGGCACAAAUCACCACCACCAACAUGCACAACAACAUCAACAACACAAUCAAGAAACUCCCUCUUCUUUACAAUUAUUAGUUUCACCUCACCAAAGUCAACCUGACCCCGCUCCUACCCCCCACCCCCUUGGUCCCUUCAUGGGCUCCAUUUCCAUGCAAUCAACAACUCAAAUCCCUCCCCCCACGCCUACCACCCCCACCCCGACCCUUAGCAACUCUUUAUCCACCAAAAUAAUCAAGAAACCCUCAAAAGACCGUCACACAAAAGUUGACGGUCGUGGGCGGCGCAUACGCAUGCCAGCUUUAUGCGCCGCCCGUGUGUUCCAGCUCACCAGAGAGCUGGGACACAAAUCCGAUGGUGAAACCAUCGAAUGGCUCUUACAACAAGCUGAACCGUCAAUUAUAGCAACCACAGGAACCGGUACCAUCCCAGCUAAUUUCUCAACUCUCAACUUGUCUACACGUAGCAGUAACACCACAACAAUUUCAAGAACUGCACCUCUCUUCAACCCCACUAUGUUAGGCUUCCACAACACCACUUUUGGGCAUGACCCAAAUGACAAUUACAUGAAAAAAAGGUUCAGAGAAGAUAACAGUAGUGCUACUUCACCGACAGCUGAUAAACCGGACGAACCCGGUUCUUCAGAUUCUGCUAAACCCGGUUCUUCAAGUUUUAUUCCGGUUCAACCCAUGUGGGCACUUGGACCAGCUUGGAUGUUACCAGUAAGUGGAGGAACCGGUUCAAAUGUGGCUCAACCGGGUUCAUCCAUGCAGAGAAUUGGUGGGUUUGAGUUUUCAAGUGGUAGCCGGUUCAGUCCGGUUCAGUUACAGCCGGUUCAGCAGCUUGGGUUAGGUGUUACAGAGACAAAUAUGGGAAUGUUGUCAUCAAUGAAUGCAUAUAAUAAUAGGGUUAAUUUGGGUAUGAAUUUAGAGCAGCAUCAAAGCCAACCUCAAGGUAGUGAUAGUGGUGAUGAAAAUCAUGAAGAUUCCCAAUCAUAGUCAACAAAUCUCGAUGCAAUUACUUUAGGAGGUCUAGUAAAUUGAAAAAAGAAAAGUUCCCAUUUUCUUGUUUUAGUGAAUUCUUGAUGGUUUUUUUUCUUAGUGUAAUUAGGGAGAAGUUUGUGUUCAUUGUAAAUUUUUCUUUUUUAACUUUUUUGUUUUACAAUUGUUGUUAAUUUGGAUUUAAGGAUUCGUUUCCUUUUA